AUGAUUCGUGAAACUGCGGAAAUUUUUGAAAAAGGUGGAGGGCGACGCGAGGGCGAGGCGGGGGGCUGCGCUUGCGGCGGCAGGCGCGCCCCGCCCGCUCCCCCGCCGCCCGCGGCCAACGCUGCCACACUCUCGGAGCUGCCACCGGCUCCCACUGCCACAGUCCUGGAGCUGCCACCGGCGCCGCCCACGCCGCACCCGCUCCGAGCGCUGGAUGACAUGCCGCCAGUGCUCAGGUCUAACCCCUUAUACACGGAGGAGGAGGAGCAGGAAGUGGUGAUCAUCGUGGAUUCCCUGGAGGAGCCUCCCGGGGUGGAACUACCAGACGCCCCCCGCGUGCCCCGCCGCGCCCCGUCCACAUCAUCAGGCUAUGGCAGCGGCGGCGGCAGCCACGGCCGCGUGUCGCCAACAUUACCAAAGAAUGAACCCUACGAGCCGGCACCGCGUCGCCUCUCCGACUGCGAUAAGAACGAAGGAUCUCAAAGCACCUCGGACUCCGACGGUAGCCCCAUAUGUACCCUAUCCAGGAGCCUCAAGGAUGACAUCAGAGCGUGCCUGGGCGGAUGCAGAUGGGAGAAGGACGUGGGCGAGCUGGUGGAGGCGGCGGUGAGGGGCGCGGGGGGUGUUAGUGCGGCCAGGGCGCGUCUCCACGCCGCGCUUCGGGCGCUGCACGAGCCGCCGCCCAGCCGGGGGCCCUCGCUGCCCUACUGCGGGCCCGGCGUCAGGCCCGGUGACGUCACCAUGAUGCCCAAGAACGAGAUGUCGCUACUGGUACGUCCCAACAUU